CAAAGCUGCCUUUAAUGCAGCACUUACAUUUAGAAAUUGGUCCUCUUUGUCACAUUUUUCUUGCAGCACAUACUCAGAAAUUGGUCCUCUCCUCUGUUCUCUGUGUUGUAACUUGUGUUCAUCAAUGUUGUCAUUUCUGUGUGCUGCUCUCAUGGUUCUCUAUGUUCCCUUGCCUCCAGAGGACCACUUCUCUGAGUUUGAAUUAAUCCCUGAGGAGGAUAAUUAUCAGAACCCCCCAACUGGAAAUGAUCAGCAGCAACAUGCUGAAUGGUUUGAGGAGCAGCUGGAAGCUGAUCUCAAAUGGUCUUUUGCUUUGAAUGGUGUGUUGCAUGCAGCAACAAGCGAGUUCCAAGACAUAGUUCUUUUGGACACAAAGCGAUUUGGAAAGGCUCUGGUGAUCGAUGGGAAGUUGCAGAGUGCUGAAAGAGAUGAGUUUAUUUACCAUGAAUGCUUGGUUCAUCCUGCUCUUUUACUACAUGACAACCCAAAAACAAUAUUUAUAAUGGGAGGUGGCGAAGGGUCAACAGCAAGAGAGUCACUAAAGCACAAAGAUGUAGAGAAAGUUAUCAUGUGUGACAUUGACAGGAUGGUUGUCGAUUUUUGCCGAGAACAUCUGACAGAAAAUCAGGAGGCGUUUCGUGACGAUAAGCUCCACAUUGUUUUCAAUGAUGCAAAGGCUGAGCUAGAGAAAACUGAAGAAAAGUUUGAUGUGAUUGUGGGAGACCUACCAGAUCCAAUAGAGGGAGGGCCUUGCAAUGACCUUUACACCAAACCCUUCUAUGAGCAAGUCAUAAAACCCCACCUCAAAGACAAUGGCAUCUUUGUCACUCAAGCUGGUCUGGCAGGAAUUCUUUCCCAUAAGGAUAUCUUCACUUCAAUAUACAACACUAUAAAACAUGUGUUCAAAUAUGUGAUUGCAUACACAGCUCAUGUGCCAUCUUAUGCAGAUUCAUGUGGAUGGGUUUUGGCUUCAGAUGAACCACUCAAAUUGGACGUUGAACAACUCAACAGCAGAAUCCAGGAAAGAAUUAGAGGAGAUCUCCUCUAUUUAGAUGGUGCUUCCAUUGUUUCAUCCACUGUAGUAAACAAGAUGAUCUGCACAUCGCUUCUGAAAGAAACUCAAGUCUUGACUGGAGAAAACGUAAGGUUCGUCUAUGGGCAUGGGCUUACAAAGAAUGCAGAAGAAUAGGGGGUCUAAUGUGCUAUUUAAAGGAAAACCAAUGAUAAAGAAUAAAAGUAUCUGGGCAUGUAGACUCAGAACUAAUAAUUGAAGUUUUUUUUAACAAAACCAUUGGCUCAAAUUCCGGAUUUUUGGAAAUAAUCAACUACCGUUGCUUUACCAUUAUGUCACUGGAUUAAGUCCCCACCUUUUGGUACCCCAGAAGCAAAAAAAUGUUUGUUAGAGCAAACCCCAUAUCAACUCUACCAAAAUCA